AUGAAGUUCGCACUCCUUCUCGCUGUCACCGUGGCCGUCGCUGCCUUGGCUCAAGACCAAAUUGUCCCACCCAAAGUCGCUUGGGGCGAUGAGGCCCCUGCCGACGGUUUCGAAAUCCUGGGGGGCGAGGAAGCCCAACAAGGCAAGCACCGUUAUGUCGCUCGGGUCAAGCAUGUGACCACUGCACCGAGCAUAUGCGCCGGCAGUCUGAUCGCCCCCAAUGUCGUUUUGACAGUGGCGCAUUGUAACAUUGCUUAUGCAAAAUUUGUGGUCGUGGGCACGCACUAUUUAUACGGUUCUGACGACGGGGAACUGGCCAAUGUCGCCCAGGCAAUCAGACACCCCAAUGUUCGCGUCGACUUGGGCAUCCUAAUCUUGGACCGCAACAUCACGAGCAUCCAACCUGUGGCGGUGUCGUUUGAAUACGUUCCGGCGGACGUGGUCACUUGGGUACGCGGCUGGGGGAACAUCAACAUCAAGGUUGGUGGCCCCCGAUCGACAGUGCUCAAGGAGCUCAACGUAACGACCUGGAACAACACCAGGGCUGCGGCUGCGUUUGGCAUCGCUGAACUGAGGGCCCAUUGGUUGGGUGCUGGAGGCGUGGAAGGAGAAGACACGUGUUCCAGCGACUCGGGGGGGGCGAUGACCAUCGAAGAAAACGGUACCGUGCGCUUGGUGGGGGUGAUCAAAGGGGGCAAGGGCUGUGGUAGCCUCGGCAAGCCAGGUAUCUAUGAACGCACCAGCGCUUCUCGUGCCUUCAUUGAACCGUACUUGCCGAAGUAA